AUGAAGCGUGGCAAGAAGAACUCGGAUGCGGGUGACCCGGUCACCAAGUCGGAUACUCGAACCGGGUCCAGCGAAUUGGAUGCGGCGAGACCAAGUUUGAGCUCGAUGAAAUCGAUGGGUCUGCUUUUAGCGGUUCUUAUGGUUGCUUCGGUUAUGUUUUCUUUGUCGGUGGUACUCAGAGACCCACCUUCCGAUGAUGUUGUGGAGAGUGAUGCAUCUUCUAGGGUUCUUCAGAUCAGAUUCCACCAAGCAAUGGAUUCAGAUGGUGGACUAAGCGAGAAGAAGGAAAAGGAAAAGCUGGGCAACAUUAAUGUCCCUCGUUUCGAUAAAGAAUCGUGCUUGAGCAGGUAUGAGGCGAGUUUAUAUCGAAAGGAAUCGCCUUUUAAGCAAUCCUCUUACCUAGAUCAUAGAUUACAAAGAUACGAAGAUCUUCAUAGACUGUGUGGACCAUUCACUAGAUCCUAUAACUUAACACUGGACAAACUCAAGUCGGGUGAUCGGUCUGAUGGUGGAGUCUCUGAUUGUAGAUAUGUAAUAUGGUUGAACUCCAAUGGUGAACUUGGGAAUAGGAUGCUGAGCCUAGCUUCAGCUUUUCUUUAUGCUCUCUUAACAAAUCGGGUUUUACUUGUCGAACCAGGAGUUGACAUGGCUGAUCUUUUCUGCGAGCCAUUUCCAAACACUUCUUGGUUUCUUCCCGUAGAGUUUCCGCUUAAGAACCAGCACAACGGCUUUGAUGAGCAGUCUCUUCUUCGCGAUUCUGGCAACACGAUGUUUGCAUAUCGGCAUCUUGUGCGUGAUUCCACUGACCAACAAAAGCUUUUCUUUUGUGAGAAAAGUCAAGUUUUGUUGGAGGAAACCUCGUGGUUGAUCAUGAAAGCAGAAAAUUACUUUGUCCCAUCUCUCUUCUCGAUCUCUUCAUUCCAGCAAGAACUCAGAAAGCUCUUCCCAGAGAAAGAAACAGUUUUUUACUUCUUGAGUCAGUAUCUCUAUCACCCAACAAAUGUUGUCUGGGGUCUCAUUACACGAUACUAUAGCGCUUAUCUUGCUAGAGCUGAUCAAAGAAUAGGAAUCCAUAUUGGGGUCUCUGAUACUGGAAAUGAUCGGUAUCAGCAUUUGGUAGAACAGAUUCUAGCUUGUGGAAUUAGACAUAAGCUGCUUCCUGAAGUAGAUAAACAGAGACAUCUCCCUUCAAGCCAAGUUCUAAACCGAAAAUCAAGGGCAGUGUUCAUUUCAUCUUCUUCUCCAGGGUACUUUGAGAGUAUCAGGGACAUAUAUUGGGAAAACCCAACAGUGACGGGAGAGAUAAUCAGUGUUCACAAGCCGAGCAACAAGGAAUAUCAAAAAACCCAGAGGAACAUGGAGAACAGGAGAGCAUGGACUGAGAUUUACCUUCUGAGUUGUGCUGAUGUGCUGGUGGUCACAAGCUCGUGGUCCUCACUCGUGGACGUGGCUUAUGGCCAUGGAGGGUUGAAACCAUGGGUAUUGAUCAAUGCAGAGAACGGGACUGGCCAUGAUCCUCACUGUAUUAGAGCAAGGUCAAUGGAGCCCUGUUCCCAAACACCACGGUUCCAUGGAUGUAAAGAUUAA